AACAAAAGAAGGUGAAAGGGCUCUUUUAUUAGGGAUGGAUUUACAGGAAACGGUUGCCUUAAAACAUAAAGAAAGUGAAAGUUUAAGAAGAACCGUAUAAAAGGUGUGCAAGCAGCGGUGAGGCACAUAUCUGCUGAGCACAGGUGAACGACACAUACAGAGGGACAAAAUGACGUUCUCUAAUUCUUUGACAAUAUGGACAGGUGCUCUGCUUAUAUUGAGUGUCAGUCUAUGGAGCUGUACAACAGCUGAUGAUGCAGUGGAUUGUUGUUUAACCACCAGCGACCGGCACAUCCCGAAAAAGGUGGUGACAUCCUUCACCAUUCAGACGGGUGAUGGACCUUGCAAUAUUCCUGCCACUAUAUUUGUCACAAGGAAAGGCUUGAAGCUCUGUGCACCAUUUCCAAGUGAGAAUAACUGGGUGAGCAAACUGAUCGACCACAUACUAGCAGGACCCGUAAAAUCCCCCCCAAAAAAACCUAAAGGAAAAAAGCAGAGACAGCAGUAAAUGACACCAUCACAGAUCAUGCAGGUCCAGCCUGCUCUCGCAUUAUACAUGAAUGAAUGGGACUGAUCCUGGAAAAGACAGCUGAAAUUACUUAACCUUAAUAGUAAAUACUCUUUCUCAGGUUUACUACAUGUGAAAUACUCUAGUAGAGCAGGUCAAGUGUGAAUCUAUUAUCGCUGGAAUAAGCUUCACAAGAUAUGAGCUAUUUUUGAAAUGUGAACCCUUCCCCCACUGGUCUACAUGAAGAGAUUUUAAGCUAACUAAUUUUAAUUUCCAUCACUUAUUGAGUUUGUUACUGUUUCCUGAGCCAAAUAAAUGAUUUUUUCUAUGUCUUCACUUUGUAUUUUUUAAUUAAAAUA